AUGACGGUACAACAUGAGCGGGGACCCCGUAAACCCAAACUCCAUCCCCAACUGCAUCAACACCCUGGGGCCCAUCAUCAUCACCAUCAUGGCCAUCAUCAUUUGAAUGACUUGGCCCCACAUCAUGCAGCCUAUCAUCCACAUGCCGGCCACCUGCCCGUCUCCUUGGUCACCAAUGUAUCGGCUUCUUUCAAUUAUACCUCUCACAUAUCUACCCACCAUCCGGGAGGCUUCCAUCAUGCUGCUGCUGCCGCCGCAGCCGCCUCACAUCCCACCGCCUUUCAUCAUCCUGGUCAUCCAGGGACAAAUGCUGGCCAUGGUAUACCCCCUCCACCGCUACCCUUCCCACCACACCUCUUGCCGCACAUGCAUCACAAUCUUAUCGCCGAGGCCACCAGCAAGUUGCCCGGUUUGUCCACGGCAGCGGUUAGCUUGACUGCCAACACCACGAACACUAGCAGCAGUACCAGCCUGGAAUUCUACUCAAAGGCGACCAUGGUCCAUAAUUAUUCUUCACCAUCGCCCACAGCUUCGAUACAAUCGAUUUCAUCGGUGGGUGGUAGAUCUUCUUUGCGUUCCGAAUCGCCUCGGGUAAAUGUGGAGACUGAGACACCAUCGGCCACACCACCUCCCCUAUCGCCUGGUUAUCAUUCCCAAGGCCAACCAGAGCCUCUAUCGCCUGGGGAUGCAACAACAGCAACAAACCAUAGCAACAAUACAUCCGAUUCGCCCAUAACUUUAAAUAGUUUGCCGCAUAGUCUGGGCAGUAGCAGUGGCAACAGUGACAAUACCCACAACAACAACAAUUCUUCAUUUAACAAUCGCAAUUUAAGUUUACAGCAAAUGCAUUUGACACACAACAACAACAUUGGCCACUCAUCUCCAGCUUCUUCGCCCGGAUCCAAUUUACGUAGCAGCUCACCCAUACAUUUGACGGCAUUUACUCAAAUAAGGCCAGGUUCCAAUAACACCAAUGCAACAACGUCGACACCAGUAUCAGCAGCAGGAUCUCUUCCAAAUAACCUGCAUGCGGGUUUGGCUCCAUCUUCAGCGACAGCAACCGCUACCACCCCGCAACACCAUCACCACCAACAAGCCGCCGCCGCCUUGUAUGCUGCUCGCCAAAAUGGUUUCAUUGAAUUGCUUUUAAGUCCGGACAAAUGUCAGGAAAUCAUUCAAUAUCAAAUGCAUAAUUCCAUUCUGUUUCCACCCUUGCCACAGCAAUUAAUUGGCUUGGACUCACGACUGAUGUCGUGGGAAAUGUUGCAGGAGACCACGGCGAGGCUGUUGUUUAUGGCCGUGCGUUGGGUUAAGUGUUUGAUGCCGUUUCAAACAUUGUCAAGGGCGGAUCAGAUUUUACUAUUGCAGGAAUCCUGGAAAGAAUUGUUCCUUCUCAAUCUGGCUCAAUGGAUAACCCCGUUGGAUUUAAAUCCCAUUUUCGAAUCGGCAAUGAUUAAGGAACGUCUACCACAAGAUGAAACGACAGAUAUGGAAAUGAAAACUAUACAGGAGAUAUUGCUACGUUUCCGUCAAAUCGCUCCCGAUGGCAGUGAAGUUGGUUGCAUGAAGGCCAUUGCUCUCUUUAGUCCCGAAGUUCCUGGCCUGUGUGAUAUUCAACCCGUUGAAAUGUUACAAGAUCAGGCUCAAUGUAUUCUCUCCGAUCAUGUACGGUUGCGUUAUCCACGGCAAGCGACGCGAUUUGGCAGAUUAUUGUUACUCCUACCCUCAUUGCGUUCGAUUCGGGCCUGUACCAUUGAGAGUUUAUUUUUCAAGGAGACAAUUGGUAAUGUACCCAUUGCAAGGUUGCUGCGGGAUAUGUAUACCAUGGAACCGGCAACACCGGUGGUUCCGCCGACAUCUUUAAGGACAACGGGUUCCCCGGAGGCGACUAAUUCAACAGUGGAGCUACAGCAGCCUCCGCAACAUGGGAAAUAA